ACGCAAACUCUUAGCGGAAGGUACCCAAUCAGCAAAAGUUGGGAUUCAUAAAGAUGCAGUUUACAAAAGUCGGUUAUUGAAAUACGAUGGUCUUCCAGAACCAGUUAAUCGUCUUCCAGUUAAGUCUAAAGGUAUAGAGAGUUCUUCUACCCUUAAUACUGGCAACGAUGACAAAAAUAAUUUUUGUGAUGAUAAAAGAGUUGAUCUUUUUUACGAUCCCGAUAUUUUAGAUUUAUGA